AUGUCGGCAGAGGAGGAGGCGCUGGAGAGUAUCCGCAGUGUUAUGCAGAAAUACCUCGAGGAAAGGGGUGAAUUAACAUUUGACAAGAUCUUUCAUCAGAAAAUUGGAUUUUUGCUCUUUAAAGACUAUUGCAUGAAUGAGAUUGAUGAAGCUGUACCUCAGCUGAAGUUCUAUGAAGAGAUCAAGGAGUACGAGAAGCUGGACUCGGAGGAGGAGCGGCUGUCGCGGAGCCGCCAGAUCUACGACACCUACAUCAUGAAGGAGCUGCUCUCCUGUUCCCACCCUUUCUCAAAACAAGCUGUAGAUCAUGUACAAACACAUUUAGCCAAGAAACAAGUGCCAGCCAGCCUUUUCCAGCCAUAUAUAGAAGAAAUUUGUGAUAGUCUCCGAGGAAAAAUAUUUCAAAAAUUUAUGGAAAGUGACAAGUUUACUAGAUUUUGUCAAUGGAAAAAUGUAGAGCUAAAUAUUCAUCUGACCAUGAAUGAUUUUAGUGUACAUAGAAUAAUAGGAAGAGGGGGAUUUGGUGAAGUGUAUGGCUGCAGAAAAGCAGACACUGGAAAAAUGUAUGCAAUGAAAUGUUUAGAUAAGAAAAGAAUCAAGAUGAAGCAAGGAGAAACAUUAGCCUUAAAUGAAAGAAUUAUGCUGUCUCUUGUCAGCACAGGAGACUGUCCUUUUAUAGUCUGUAUGACCUAUGCCUUCCACACCCCUGACAAGCUCUGCUUCAUUCUGGACCUCAUGAAUGGAGGAGAUUUGCACUACCACCUCUCCCAGCAUGGAGUGUUUUCUGAAAAAGAAAUGAGGUUUUAUGCUACUGAAAUCAUCCUGGGGUUAGAGCACAUGCACAAUCGCUUCGUGGUGUACAGAGACCUGAAGCCUGCAAAUAUCCUGCUGGAUGAACAUGGGCACGUGAGGAUAUCAGACCUUGGGCUGGCUUGUGACUUUUCCAAAAAGAAGCCACAUGCCAGUGUAGGAACCCACGGGUACAUGGCCCCCGAGGUGCUGCAGAAGGGCACAGCCUACGACAGCAGUGCUGACUGGUUCUCCCUGGGCUGCAUGCUCUUCAAGCUGCUGAGGGGGCACAGCCCUUUCAGGCAGCACAAAACCAAAGAUAAGCAUGAGAUCGACCGGAUGACGCUCACCGUGAACGUGGAGCUCCCGGACUCCUUUUCUCCCGAGCUGAAGUCCCUUCUGGAAGGGCUCCUGCAGCGGGAUGUGAGCAAGAGGCUUGGAUGCCAAGGAAGAAGUGCACAAGAAGUAAAGGAACAUCCUUUCUUCAAAGGCAUUGAUUGGCAGCAAGUCUAUUUACAGAAGUACCCUCCCCCCUUGAUUCCUCCCCGGGGAGAAGUCAAUGCAGCAGAUGCUUUUGAUAUUGGCUCCUUUGAUGAAGAGGACACUAAAGGCAUUAAGUUGCUUGAUAGUGACCAGGAGUUAUAUAAGAACUUCCCUCUGGUAAUAUCGGAGCGUUGGCAGCAAGAAGUAGCAGAAACUGUUUAUGAUGCAGUAAAUGCAGACACAGAUAAAAUUGAGGCCAGAAAAAGGGCUAAAAAUAAGCAGCUUGGCCACGAGGAAGACUAUGCCCUGGGGAAGGACUGUAUCAUGCAUGGCUACAUGCUCAAGCUGGGGAACCCCUUCCUGACUCAGUGGCAGCGGCGUUACUUUUACCUCUUCCCCAACCGGCUGGAGUGGCGAGGAGAAGGAGAGUCCCGGCAAAACCUGCUGACAAUGGAACAAAUAGUAUCUGUUGAAGAAACACAAAUUAAAGAUAAGAAAUGCAUCUUACUGAGAAUUAAAGGAGGAAAACAGUUUGUCCUACAGUGUGAGAGCGACCCCGAGUUUGUUCAGUGGAAGAAGGAGCUGACAGAGGCUUUCACCGAGGCCCAGAGGUUGCUGCGCCGGGCUCCAAAGUUCCUCAACAAAUCACGCUCGGCGGUCGUAGAGCUCUCGAAGCCGCCGCUCAGCCACAGGAACAGCAACGGGCUGUAGGACACACCCACCACGUUCCCGCAGGGAGAGCUGCUCGGUGCACCUGCAGAGCGUCCCAGAAUCCUUGUGCAGAAUGACUUUGUGCAGCCCUGGCCGCGGGAUGUGCCGGGAGAGAGGAGGAAUGCGACGUUUACAGCGUGGGGUGACGUCAGGACUCUGCGGGAGGGUGGCAGAGGGGGGACACCCUGCUGCUGGCAGCGCUGGAAGGCACCGAGAGGAGAGGCUGCUCCUUGCUCCCACGCCUCCCCACCCCCGGCGGGGCCCGGCUCAGCUCCGUCCCUCUGGAACUACUGAUGGAAGGAAGAGGUUUUAUUUCCCCCCCCCUUGCCGUGCCCUCUCUCGGUGGCGCCGGGGGUGGCGCGGGUGCUGCUGGCUGGGUGACACUCCUGCGGUGACACCGACGGAGCCGUGGUGGGUGCCCCUCACUCUGUCGUGUUGCCGUGUGUCCUUCCCGACCAUUACUGCUGACUCUCUGAUAACCUUUGCUCCAUACUGCUGAUGAUCAACAGUGUGACUCUGAUGCACUUCAAAGUACUGAAUUCUAACUGUCCUGUGGUUUAAAUGUUAUUGCUACUUCAUGGGAGCGUUGAACUCGAAUUAUUCCCUGGGUUUGUUGUACUCACUAAUAGUAGCUACCACCGUUUUGCUUCUUCUACGUAUAUGCAGUACUAUAACUGACACAAUAGAGUAAUAAUUGGUGAAGAGGAAUUUAUGGUAGCUUCAUCUAGUGCUCUGUUGUAUAAAUUGACUAUUUUAGCACAGUUUUUAAAGAGCAGAUUCCUUUUGACAAGUUUACAGUGAACAUAAAAGACAGUUCUUUUCCAUUUCAGGUCAACUGCACUUUUUAAAAAAUUAAAAAGAAAUGAUUCAAACCCGGUGCAUUCUAGAGCAUGUGCUGGGUUCCGGUGUGUGUGGGUACCUCGGUACGUAUCCCGGAUCACUCCUCAGUCCUGGGACUCGGGAUCCUCCUCUGCUGUACACAGGUGUGUUCCCAUAGCAUAGAAAUGCCCAGAAAUCCCCAGAAAUGCCCAGAAAUCCCCAGUUCCCCCUGGAGCCCGGCCCAGGAGGUUCGUGCACAUAGCGCAGCUCGGCUUGGGAAAGGGUCUCUCACUUUCUGUUCUGAAGAGUUCAAACUGCCCACAGGGAAGGUAGUGUGAGAAAACUGAGUGUGGAACUGAGAGAACAAGCUGAUCAAACGCCAGGUUUGUGUUAAUUCUACCUGAGGCAUCAGGUGUGUUGGGUUCAAAGCCUGGCUGAGGGAAAGAUCUAAUCCUGAGCUGUCCCAACAUCUUGAAGCUGGGCUUUACAUCCUGCUGGUU